GGUUUGAGAGUAAAAAAAUUAGUAUCAUUUGGUGCGAAAUUUAUAAAGGACAGGUAAAAAGUCAAAGUCAAAUUCUGUAAUCAAAUUUUUUAAAAAAAGCCCAAACAAUACUAAAAAAACUAUGGGGUUGAUGCAGAAAAAGAGGAUGAAAGAAAACUGCGUUGCCUUUCCCGUGAAUCCCAAAGGUGUAUCACGAUUUAACCUGUGUAUCCUAUAAAAGUUAUAUCCCUCUAAGUGAAUUGAGUUGUUAUUAUUCGUCUUUGGUUUAUAGGUGAUGAAGGAUCCGUGCUUGAAAUACGCUUGUGAGCUUCAAAAAUGCCUUAAAACUCAUAAUUAUAAUGAAGAAAUGUGUUCUACAGUGAUGAAAGCCUUACUGGACUGCUGCCAGACCUGGAAAACAGAAGCAAAGUGUUGCCUAGGGUUCAUAAAAACCAAUGAUUCCAGUCAAUAACCUCACUAAGAAAUGACUGAUGCCUUUAAAUAUAAUUAUCCUCAGAUUAAAAUGGUCAGUAGGAAAUUUUGUGACAUGGAUAUAAAUGCUCAUUGUAUUAUUGCUUUUGUAAUACGUAUGACACUUGUAUUGUAUGGAUAUGUUCAAGAUGAAUACUUUGAAGUGAAAUAUACAGAUAUUGACUAUCAGGUAUUGACUGAUGGAGCUGAAUAUGUAAUGAAAGGUUUGUCACCUUUUAAUCGUCAUACCUACAGGUAUACUCCAUUCUUAGCAAUGUUGCUUACUCCUAAUAUCUUCUUUUUUAAUGCAUUUGGGAAAAUUUUGUUUUGUGGUCUAGAUAUUUUAGCUAGUCUAUUGAUAUAUAACAUUCAAAAAAAUUUUGGUUGUUCUUUAGCAGUUUCUAAAUUAAGCACAUUUUUAUGGCUGUAUAAUCCAUUAAGUAUCAUUAUUUCAACUAGAGGAAAUGCAGAAUCUGUAAUGGUUGUACUUGUAAUGCUUUCUAUAUAUUUAUAUCAAAGUAGUUACCCAUUUUUGUUUGGAUGCAUUUAUGGUGUUGCCAUUCAUGUUAAAAUUUAUCCAUGCAUAUAUGCUGUUACUUUUUAUUCCAUCUUGACUUCAUUUUCUGAAACUGUAUAUGGUUUGAAAAAACUCAAAACAAUUCUUUAUCCAAAUCGGAAAAAAUGUUUAUUUGUUACAGGAACUAUAAUUGGAUUUGCUAUUCCAACAAUUAUUUCUAUUGUUUUAUAUGGUGAUGAAUAUGUACAUGAAGCACUUUUAUAUCAUGUUACAAGAAAAGACAUCCGUCAUAAUUUUUCACCAUAUUUUUAUAUUUUGUAUUUGUCUGAAGCAGUAGAUUUAAAUACAUCAGUUUGCAUAUCAGCCUUUGCAUUUUUUAUUCAAGCAGCUUUAAUUGCCUUUGUGUCUUGGGUGUUGUAUUUACCAAAAACUCUUCCGGCUUGUUUGUUUCUAGAAACAUUUAUAUUUGUUUCUUUUAAUAAAGUAUGCACAUCUCAGUACUUUUUAUGGUACUUAUGUCUUCUUCCUCUUAAUUAUCAGUUUUUAGUGAUUGAUGUUAAGUAUGUUUUUGCAGCUUUUUUGUUCUGGAUUUGUGGUCAAGGAUUUUGGCUUCUUCCUGCAUACCUUUUGGAAUUCAGAGGAAAAAAUACAUUUUUAUUGCUGUUUCUUUGUAGUUUAAUUUUCUUCAUGAUUAAUAUUUUUCUAAUAAGUGCAUUUGUGUUGAUUUUGUCUAAUUUGUUAAGUGUUGCAAAAUCAGAUGCAGUAAAUGCUCAAAAAAUGAAAAGCUUAUAACAUAUGUUAAAUAGGUAAUGUGAAAUAAUUUAUGUAUAUAGUAAUUAAUAAUUUUUGUCAUGUUUUACUGUAUUUUGUUACUGUGUAUAUUUUUGUUCAUAAACUGAAAUUUUGAUUCACAUUUAUUGUUAUUUUUUCCUACAUAUGCACUAUGUUAUAUUAUGAAAAGCCAUAAUUAAUUAAAACUGCAGGUAUUGUCUUUAAUAUUCAAAUGUUUUGUCGUAAUUCUUUUUUAAAGUGACUAUAAAGUUGGGACAAAUUUUCCAUAUAUGCAAUAUUAUAAUGCAGAGAGUCAUACUGAAUGUUUAACUUCUGUAUCCUCAAUGGAUAUUUUAUUUGAUACACUUUGAUGUGAUUGCUAUAGAAAUUUUAACAAAGGGCUAUUUCUUUAAACAUAAAUAGUUUAACUGUUUUAUGUUGUAAAAUAGAUACUUUCUGUUAAUGGAGCAACAGUGAUCAAAUGUAGUACUAUUGCUUUUCACAUAACAUCAGCAAUGACCUUUUUGUGAACAAUAAAGAAUGGACAUCAAUCCAGUAAUUUUUCAUCAUAGAUUUUCAAUUGAUUUUGUGUCGAUCUACAGAAAGUCAUUCUUUGUUGAAUAUGUGCCUGAUGGCAAAUUUAUAUCAGUUUUCAAAUUUUUUAUAUUUUAAAGUAAAAACAGAUUGCCAUGUAGAUGACCAACAGAUAUAUUAGCUCCAUGUACAUAACAAUCUGUUUUCACUUCAAAUAAUUGCAUAGUUGGGCAUUGUGCAUAGCCUUGACAUUAAGCAUUAUAUAUAAAAUAGUUAUUCUUUUUAUGAAGUCGCUAUUCAUGUAUCAUUAAGGUUACCACUAUCAGGGCUGUUGCCAGAGACCACGCAACAGAAUUUUUAGAAUUGAGAUAAGUCUCCUGCAGUAAAAUUAAGGGACGGUGAAGUUUUUAGAAUUUAGAGGAGACACUGGGCAACAGAAUUUAGGAUAGUUUAGAAUUGAAGGAAGUAAUGGGUAAUAAAUUUUAGGGCCUGCAGAAAUUGCACUAGGUAGCAAAAUGGGUAUCCGUGACCCUGACCACCAUCUAGUUAAAUUUUGCACCAAUAUUUAUUUUGUCCUCCAAAACCAAAUAAAAUAUCAAAGUGUAAUUAAAUAUUUUUACUUUUUAUAAAAGAGUAAAAUGUGCAUAAACAAUGCAACUUCAUUCCUGCCCUCCCAAAACAACAUAUUUUUUAUAAAUAUAAUUAAAAUUUGUUAUAUUUAUGGUAUAAUACAAAAUCUAUAUCUAAUUUUGUAAAAUUUACAUUUACAUUCAUAUAUUUUAUAAAUAUUCAAAAAUAUAUGUUAUUUUCACCAUAUGUAUAAAAUGGUAAAUUAUUUUAUUCUAUAGUCUGGGGCAGACAGCAUGAGUAUUAUUGUAUUAAGUUACCUUUUUGAAUUAAGGCCUUUUUAUAUAAUUUAUAGUUCUAUUCAAAAUAAAUAACAUUAAAAUGCCACAAUACUUAUGUAUGUUAUCUGUCUUCUGUCUGUGUCUCUGUUUUGUAAUUCAAAAUAGAGGAAAAUGAAAUUUCAGAUCUGAAAAUGAAAACUUAUCAUUUUUAUCACAGAUUAAUUAUGUGAUUACUUUUAUAAUGGUGUGUGAAAUAAUCUGUGUUUUUUAGUAUGUAUGUAUCAAUUCAAAAAUGCAGAAGACUACAUAUUCUGCAUUUUUGAAUUGAUACAUACAUACUAAAAAACAUUCUAUUCUUUUAUUCUGUUUUAAUAAAAGUACAUCGUAAGAGAAGCUGUAUCUUUAUAUUGGAUUAGACUCUAAUAUUAUUAAAAAGGUAUCCUAAGGAUAAAAGUUCUAAUUUUAUCAUAGUACUUAAUAUGUUAUGUUAAUAUAUUACCCUUAAAAAUUUCUAAAAGCAGAUUUUCUAUACUUCGUAGGAUUAUUCUAGUUGUGAUAAUAUUUAUUUUAAAAUUAUGGAAAACAUAUUUUUACAAAUAACAAUUGUCUAAAGAAAGAUUUAAUUAAAUAAUAAAAUGAUGUAUUUAUAUUAAUUAAUAUAUUAAACUGAUUUUGUCUGUUUCAUGGUAGCAUGACACUAAUUCCAAAAAUUGUCCAUGACAGUUAUAUGUAUAAAUAUGCUAUCCAUUAAUAAUGUAAUACUAAUUAUUGAUAUGUUUUGCCAGUAAAAAUGUGUUGUAUUUGAAUCAGUGCUAAAUUAUAAUUAUUGCUAAUUUUUUAAAA